CUUCUCUCAUCUCUGGAUCCCAGUAACCUACAAAGUUUGUUUUUUCCAAGCCUGAGCACAGCUCCUUACUUGCUGCCCUUCAUAAGCAGCUGGUCGGCCACACCUCUCAGCAACAAAGAUGAAGAUCGGAAAGACCACGGAGAUCCUGAAGAAAGUGGCGGCGAUGUGCAAGAGCAAGACUACCAGGCUCCUCAUCCUCGCGUCGCUUCAGCGCCGCAGGAUGGCCGCGCGGCCCAUGGUUGCUAACAUGAUCCACACACUAACUAGGACAGACCGGGAGAGAGUGGACUAUCGCAAAGCUUUUGCGCUGGACACAAUCGACAAGAGACCAGUCAUCGUCCAUGGAGGUGACUUCGCGGCCAAUCUCUCUCAUCAGUUGGAGAUGUUGGGUCAGGAUGAUGGUCGUGGUGCCUGCCAUGGUGAUUGGACAGUACAUUCCCUCUUCAACAACGACCACGUCAACUACUGUUACACCAAUGAUGAUGGUGAUGAUGAUGAUGAUAAUGAUGGUGAUGAUGAGUUACUGGAUGUGUGCGAUCAAGACGACGACGAUGAUUUGUCGGUCAUGGAUGUCAUCAGGAGCAAGCGAGAGGUUGAGGGGUUGGAGUUCAACAUGGAGGAGGAGAUUGACCAGGCUGCCGAUAUGUUCAUCAAGAGGUUCCGGCAACGGCUGAACAAUGGGUUCUAAGGUCCAGCUUCUACAUGGAUGUACGUUUGCCUAGGUGUUGUCCUUUUUUGAGGUGCCCACAAGUUAGAAAAUUUUGUAGAAACCAAUAUGAGUAAGAGUUGAGGCUUGACAAACAGUUAUCCUUAUGGUCAUUUAUUUUUGAACGAUUUUGUUCAUAUCUAAGAUCCCUGAGCUAUGCCCACAACUAUAGAAAAAUCCGUCUAUGCCGAGUAUUUGGUGGGUUGCCGAGUGUAAACCAGGGCACUUGAUAUACACACCACACGUGCUAGCACCGUGCAAAUAAACUCGGCAAAAAAGGUACUCAAUAAUAUUUGGUCUAUACCGAGUUUCUAAAAUAAACUCGGCAUAGAGAAAGAGCAAGGAAAAGGAAGCAAAGGACAUCCGACAAACAAAAACA